ACAAUAAAAUAAAAGGAUAAUACUGUAAACCUAAAGAAGAAAACACGACAGUCACGUGACGUUUAGCCAUUAAUGACUCGAAAGCAUACAACAACAACGGAGCGGAAGAGACAGUCACGUGACCAGGAAACGACCGUUGUUCGGUGACGUCACCCCGACGCGCGGGAAAUCCAAACGGUUCCAAGGCGGCGCUUUUAGAGUGUGACUCCGGACCGGACGCAGCAAUGAUCGUGACGCUAUUUCCGGUUGGGUCAGAAAAGGAGAGGUAUGGCGGCCUCAUUGUUAUUAUACCGAGGAGCCUCCUCUUUCGUAAGGAGGAGCUGGCUCUUCUGCGGGGUUCCAGCGCAGAGGCUCCGACGAGGCCGAAGAGGGAACGAGGUGCUUGAAAAAUCCAGAUUUUUCAGAAAAGGAGUUGCAUUAUCAGUUCUGUCUUACUUUGGUUAUGAAGCAUAUUUGUUAAUCUCUCAGUCUUCUCUGGUUUUUGCUGAUGCUCAAGUUGAUGAAGUCCUAGAUCAAGCAGAUUAUCUGUAUGGAAGUGGGGAAACUGAAAAGCUUUAUCACUUGCUGGAUCAACACAAAAACAGUGAGAAUGCAGAGGUUCUGUGGCGUCUGGCACGGGCAUUGCGUGACUUGGCUCAGCUUAGUCACACCCCUGCAGAGAAGAAGAAGCAGCUGACGUAUGAAGCCCUUGAUUAUGCAAAGAAGGCACUUGAGAAAGACCCUUCAUGUUUCAGUGUGCACAAGUGGUAUGCAAUCUGCAUCAGUGAUGUAGGAGAUUAUGAAGGAAUAAAGACAAAAAUUGCCAAUGCUUUUGUUAUCAAGGACCACUUCCAGAAAGCAAUUGAAUUGAAUCCAAAGGAUGCUACAUCCCUUCACCUUAUGGGCAUUUGGUGUUACACUUUUGCUGAAAUGCCAUGGUAUCAGCGCAGAAUAGCAGCUGUUUUAUUCUCGACACCACCUAGCUCCACCUAUGAAGAGGCUUUACGUUACUUUCAGAAAGCUGAAGAUGUUGAGCCAAAUUUCUAUAGUAAAAAUUUGCUGUUCUUGGGAAAAACAUACAUGAAGUUAAACAACAGAAAGAUGGCUCUUUUGUGGUUAAUGAAGGCUAAAGAACGGGUAUCACACACAGAGGAAGAUAAGCAGGUACAUAAAGAAGCUGUGGAAUUGCUCAAUUCUAUAUGACAAGAUUGCUGAAACUAUGGAUUGCUAUGAAUCAAUGCACUAACUUGUUAAUCUUUGAUUUGGAAGGUCUAACUAACCAAAAAGAGGUUAUAUUACCAAACAAGCAAAAAUUCUGGAUUUUAUUGAGAUUUUUCAUGUGUAUGUCUCUAGAUUAAGAGGAUAUGUAUAAAUUACAUCAUUAUAAAAGCGGGUUCUCUCAAAAAAAUUCAUCUGCUGUUUGGUUCCUAUUUUGCUAAGUUGGAACUCAAGUCUUUCACAGUCUAAAAUUUCAGGAAUGAAAAAACUGUAUGUUGUGUGCCUUCAAGUGAUUUCUGACUUACAGUGAUCCCAUCAUGGGGUUUUCUUGGCAAGAUUUGUUCAAAAGUGCCUUCCCCCAAGACAGAGAGCAUGUGACUUGUCCAAGAUCACCCAGUGGAUUUCAUGGCCAAGUGGAGAAUCAAACCCUGGUCUCCAGAGUCGUAGUCCAGUGCUCAAACUGCUAUGCCACACUGGCUCCUGAAAAUGCUAAUCACCCUUUUUAAGGCUGUUACUACUCUGUUUCAGAGCCAGAAGCUUCUCUGGAUAAUUUUUAUGAAUUGAAUGUAUAGGCUGCUUCUAGAUCGAUCAUUUGCAAGGAAGCAAGGGAACUUUUAUGGAGUGGGCUGCACCAUCCAUUACUAUAGUAGUCCUUGCUAGAGAUAGUAGCUGAGUUUUAUGGUUUGUAGAAUUGUCAAUUACAGCAGUCCUUCUUACACUAUCUGAUGUGAGGAUUUUCAAGUGAUCUAGUCCAGCCCCCUGUCAUACAGAAAUACACACAUAAUACAAUUUACAUAGCCAAAGCACUCUUGGGAAAGAGCCAUUGAAUGUCUGUUUAAAGACCUCCAAAGAAGGAGAGUCCAUCACCAUCUGAGGCAGUCUUUCCACUAUUUAGCAUAAGUUACUAUCAAGAAGUUCCUCCUAAUGUUUAGGUGCAAUUUCUUUUCUUAUACAGGCAUACUGCAGUUCACAAUAACAAACAAAAGGCCUCCUUUUUUACAAGAUUUUUAUGCCCACCUAGCCUAUAUUUCUUCCUCACCCUCUGUCCAGCUGGAAAUAUUUUAGCAGCACUGGCAAUGAGGGGAUAGUGAGAGAGAGCUGGAAAAGCACAGUCUUGAAUGCCAGGCUACAGCAGCAUGCCUGCAGUAAACAAUGCAAUAAAGUUUGGACUGGGAAAGAAAAGCAUUCUGCUCUAGCCUUUCUUACCGUAUCUGUGUGUGCCUGCCUACAACAAGCAUGGCAAACAUCACCUGCUUCCAGUAUUUCUCACUGAGGAUUUGUGAACAACAAAACAGAAAAGAUGAGAGCAGAUAAGCCUGCACCACAAGGUAUCAUCCGCAUAUUUUAAAAAAGUUAUAGAUCUGUAAAUUCAGCCACCAAAAUGCAAUUCGUAUGAACUGGAAGAAAAAAAAAACUCAUCCCUCAAUGCUUUUUUAGAAUAAGCUUUUAAAAGGUCUCUAAAAAGUCCAAAAUGUUUUUUGUUAUGCAAGGUUUUCCUAACUUCUUGUUUCAUUUUGCAUAUGAAAUGUACACAUGGUUAAUUUUAAAUAAAAAAAAUAUAUUGAAA